ACCCGGCUCCGGUGCUUCGGCUGCCGCCGCGGCUGCUCGGCUGGUGCAGCUGAGCGAGCCCGCGCGGGCGCCACCGCCGCCUCCGCCGCCGUCCACCGCGCGCUGCCAGCACCGCGGGGCUUGCAGGAGGCCGCCGGGAGGGGCGGGCGCGCGAGCUGAGCACGAGGAGGCGGAGGCGGGGGAGAAGUGAUGCUGGCGCCAGGGAUCCGGGCAGCGGCAGCGGAGAAUAAGCAUCUUCGGGACCCCAGCUGCAGCGUCCCCGUGGCCCGCCGGCCAGCAGAACGGCUAGAGACGGCGCGUCCCGCGGAUCUGUUAGAGCCACGUCAAGGAUUGCUGAGUCCAGGAGUGGAGAAAGGCUUACGUGAGAAAAGAGAUUCUACUGUCAGAAGAAUGCAAGAGAUUUCAUCAUAGAAUUCACUUGGAAAAGUCAUGUGGAGCAACUCCAGCUAAAGAAGCAUGAAGACUAGUCUACUGGGCUAAUCCAGUCAAAGCAAAUACGAUAAAAGGCACAGCCUAGAGCCAUGGUUUAUGAAAUUACUGAAGAGACAGAACGAAUAUAGCUAACAAGAACAACACAAAGUCGCCCUUAGCUGCUCUGGUGGAUGACUGAAAGUGCAACUAACUCAGGAAAGAAGAAAUGGUUUUCCACGGACCUAUCAAUGAUACACAUCACAGCUAGUCAGAAAAGAAUAUUCAGCAUCUGUCGUGGGAGGAUUCGCCUGUGACCCUAAGGAGACAGCUGAGGAGAGCUGAGGAAUCUAGAAUGAGUGCGACCUCCAUUUUUAUGAUGGAUUCUGCAGUUUGGUGUGCAUCAGCUUCUGGAGUGAGCCUCUCAAAUCUCUACAGACCAAUGGGGACCAAGCAAGAUGCUCUCUAGCUGAACUAAGAAGAAAGGCAGCAAGUUUGGUCCAAAAGAGUUCUGAGGAAGAUUUCUGAGGCAUGGAGCUUCCAGCAGGUUUGGAAGAAAGUAAAGUGAAUUAAAAUGAUGCCACACCACAAGUGAAGUCCAUGGGCACCCACCAACCAACUCCUCUCCGGCAGGAAUUUUAGAUUGACGAGUACUAUGCUGCCUUUGCAAGAGGACAAGAAACUAGUGCCCAAAAGACGUGUUCUUCAGCAUUUGGAUUAAACGUGUUCUCAAGACAAUGGCUUCAAAGGUCUCCUGCCUCUAUGUAUUGACCGUUGUGUGCUGGGCCAGUGCUCUCUGGUACUUGAGCAUAACCAGACCUACUUCAUCCUACACCGGCUCAAAGCCAUUCAGUCACCUAACAGUUGCCAGGAAAAACUUCACCUUUGGCAACAUAAGAACUCGACCUAUAAACCCACAUUCUUUUGAAUUUCUUAUAAAUGAGCCCAACAAAUGUGAGAAAAACACUCCUUUUCUCGUGAUCCUCAUCAGCACCACACACAAGGAAUUUGAUGCCCGCCAGGCAAUCCGAGAGACAUGGGGGGAUGAGAAUAACUUCAAAGGGAUCAAGAUAGCCACACUUUUCCUUCUGGGCAAAAAUGCUGAUCCUGUUCUGAACCAGAUGGUGGAGCAAGAGAGCCAGAUCUUCCAUGACAUCAUAGUAGAGGACUUCAUUGACUCCUACCACAACCUCACCCUCAAAACUUUAAUGGGGAUGAGAUGGGUUGCCACUUUCUGUUCAAAAGCCAAGUACGUCAUGAAAACUGACAGUGACAUUUUUGUGAACAUGGACAACCUUAUUUAUAAACUCCUGAAACCCUCUACCAAGCCAAGAAGAAGGUAUUUCACUGGUUACGUCAUCAAUGGCGGGCCAAUCAGGGAUGUCCGCAGUAAGUGGUAUAUGCCUAGGGAUUUGUACCCUGACAGCAACUACCCACCGUUCUGUUCAGGGACUGGCUAUGUCUUUUCCGCUGAUGUGGCUGAACUCAUUUAUAAGACCUCGCUCCAUACCAGGCUGCUUCAUCUUGAAGAUGUGUACGUGGGACUGUGUCUUCGAAAGCUUGGCAUACACCCUUUCCAGAAUAGUGGCUUCAAUCACUGGAAAAUGGCCUACAGUUUGUGUAGGUACCGCCGCGUCAUCACUGUCCACCAGAUCUCUCCAGAAGAAAUGCACAGAAUCUGGAAUGACAUGUCAAGCAAGAAGCAUCUGAGAUGUUAGGACUUCUGUUGAUGUAAAUAACUUUCUUUUCUAAGAAAUGGGAACUAAGAUGUUGGUAUUUACAGGUGUCACCAGGGGAACAUGAACUGGUCAGGGGUUUUGUAAAGGUUUUGCUUCCUGUUCCGAGUUCUUUCUUGGAUCAGUAUUUUAUACAUAUUGGGCUUGGCCAUAGAAACAGUGAGUGAGUUAGAAGGGCCAGAUUUCAUUCUCAGGUCCUAAAACAUUGCCAUUUAUUCCAAAAAGUGACUCUAAAUAACUGCCAGGAUUAGUGCACUGUGCAUCUGAGAUAAAGAUCUGGGCCAGGAGAUAGAAACUCACAGUAAUGUCCUCAUACCAUCUCUGCAAACGUAAAUAGUAAUUCUUUCUUUAAAAAAAAAAAAUCAAAACAAGUCAGAAAAGAUAUGCAGUCAGGAACACACACUAGAUAUGAUCAUUAAUGCUGUGUGCUAUUGUCAUGUAACAUUUUUACAUAUGUUGCCAUGAAAUGUGUACAGAAUUUGAGAUUCUACCAAUAAUUGAUUUUAUCCCUAGGGUAGGGCAUCUAUGGGGAAAUAGAUGGGGAUGUAAACUUGAUGAUCAAUUAUCCUGUAUGUAUAGAAAACACCUUGGCAUAGACUCACAAGAAUUAAAUCUGCUCAGCAGGUGAGUUGUACAUAAAAUGCUACUUUAAGUAAGGAAGUAAAAAAUUUUCCCCCAGAACAAAUAUUAUAUGGUGCCACCAAGGAGACUCCAAAUGUAGUACUCUCACCUGUUUCCUUCCAUAAAUGCCUUUAAGUGCAUUUUAUGGUUUUUAGAUCAGGCAGGCAUAUGUCUCCAUGUGUAGAAAACACGUUGGUAGGAGGCCCAGAAAUAAUGAAUAACAAUUGAUAAAAUGCAAAUUUAGGUAUCCAUCCUAAUUAACAUAAGCUUGGCAAUAGUGUACAAUGCCCCUCUAACACAUUUGCAAAGCACAUGAGAACAUCGUUAAGGAGUACCAAUAUUAUUAAAAGAUGUGCCCCUGCUACCAGUAGAAGAAAUGCUCUCUUAACGUCUAAAGCAUUCACAUAUGUUUAGUAGCAAAAGUGGUUUGAGAUGCUCUGGGGAUUCUGUGGCUGAGAUCCAUGGGAAGGAAGACUAAGGAAGCUGAGUUGGGAUCCCAUUGAUGCCACAAAUUUAUAUGGACCAUUUGAACAGGCAUCUCAUCUUUGAUGUACAUCUGUAUGCUCACUUGUAAAAUGGCUAAAAAGAAAAAUCUACCUCACAGGUACUGUGAGAGCAAAUCACAUUUGCUAAUAAUUAUAUCGAGAUCUUUUAGUUUAAACGGUGCUACGUAAUGCCAUGUAUCAUGCACGAUGCUAAAUGCUAAAAUGAUUUACAGUAAUGAUAAAGAUGGUUAUCCGUUGUGGCAACAUCAUCCUAAUAUAACAAUUUACCAAAAUAAAGAUUGACUGUGAACUAUCGGUGUACCUAAUUCUUCUAAGACUUGAUGUUUCCUCGGCUAUAUGUUAGUUGAUUGGGGAAGCUUCAGUUUCUCGCCCCCCAGUCUCUCCUUCUGGUGAUGAAUUUUUCACUCCAGUUGCCUUGAUAUCCCCAGGAUAUUUAAAGCAAAAGAAUCUAUUUUGCUUUGGGGAAGGAGCUUUGCAUAGGUUUUACAAAACACAACUUAAAUCGUAGGAAACAUUUGCCCUGUAUUCUUAAAACGCCUUAGAACAAGUAGGGCUAAUCUACUCCCUCAGAAGACGAAUAAGCACUCAGCAAAUCUCCGCAGUUGUGCAUCUACCAUUGAUGCACCACUCCUUGUCGUGAUGCAAAGAGAGCUGGGAACGUUGCUUAUUUGAGCUAUUUUCUUUGCACUUUGACUUCUGCAAAACCCCCAUAGAAGCUGAUAGUAUUGGAGAGACAAAGGAGUAAACGGAGUCCCGUAAUCACAUAACCCCUGGCUAGGAAACACUUAGUAUCUCAUCACCCCCAAAGUACUGACUGAUAUAGGUCUUCCCAUCCUUUAAUAUGAUGGUGCCAAGUGACCCAAGAAAAGAUGAAGCAAGACAAGGUGAGCCACCCUCCCACCAUCUGGCCUCAAACCCUCUGAGCUCCAAUGGCUGGAAAGCCUCACACCCUCAGGCCUCUUUGGCCCUGCAACAGCAAAGCUGAGUGCAGUCUCUGUCUCCUGCCCUGGCCUUGCAUCUAGUCCAUGCUCAGCCCAGCCACUUUUCAUGUCCAAAAUCUCACACUAUAAUGACCACGUCUGUACAUCUAUGAAUUGCUUUACAUGUGUGUGCGAAGUAUGUAUAGAGCCCUAAUCUUGAAAAGGAGCAAAAAAAAAAAAAAUCAGAAAAUCACUUGUCUUAAAGAACUGUUUCUUAACUUUUUUUAUGCUACAUGAUGCCCGUAUGACAAACAUGUAAAUAGACAUCCAAGAUUACAUGUACAUAUUUUAAAGGCGCUUUUCUUGUCACCUCAAUUGUACGUAUGGCUAGAACCUGCUUGAUAUGUAACAUUUUCCUCUGCAUGGAACUUGACGAGGCAAGGCCAUUUGUCCAGUAUCUCAAUAGCCUUAAGCAUGUUUGUUCGCUCUUUGGGUUUUUUUUGUUUGUUUGUUUGGUUUUUUUUGUUGUUUUUUUUUUGGAUGUUCAAAAAGAAAAAAAAAUGGUUAAUUUGUCAAGGAAAAGCUCUAAUUUUCUACUUUUGUUAAUUCUAUGACAAGAAGCUGGUCAAAUUAUUGUCAUGGUUAUUUAUUAAGCCAUUUAUAGCAUUUGUUUAAGAAAAAUAUUUCAUAAUAAUGGCAGUAUUCUGGGGCUGGGGGUUCUCACUCAGUGGUAAAGCACUUGCCUAGCAUGCAAAGGGCUCUGGGUUCAGUCCUCCAGCACUGCAAUAAUACAGUUAAAAUAACGUCAGCCCCACUGUGCCAGAAGUCACUCAAAGAAUUGUUCUAAACACUGUCUGAUUCCCCAUUAUUUCUCCAUUAUGUACUGGAUAACAUCAGCACCGAAUCUUUAAAGUCUCUUCAUGUAUUUCUUAGAGGAAAAGAUGCUUUCUCUCUGGUGCCUCGUUUCCGUGGCUUUGUGACCCCCUUUGGAGCAGUUUCAAUCUACAACAAUGUACUUUUAAAUAAUCAGAUUCAAAACAUGAAGAUCAUUUUUUUUAUUUGAAUUAAAUAUGGAAGAACAAAACCCCUUGUGUGAUAAGAAAUGGAGGGGAGACAAACUCUUUACAGAGAAAUCACGGAAGGAGUUUUUCAAUCAAAUUUCUUCUAACAAAAGACAAUGGGAUAUUUCUGUACAGUGUGUGGAAUUCAUUUUCUACCUUUCCUAAUAUGUGCGUUCAAAGCGGGGAAUUGAUUGUAUCAUUUCUGUAAAGGUGAAGAUACUUUUUAUAAGCCACAGGUAACUUGUGAAUGAAAGACAAAAUUCACUAGAGACACUUGAUGAUAAUUGACAUUUAGGUAUAUUGUUAUAUAUGAAUGAUUGUAUUUAUGUAUUUAUUUGUUCAAAAUUGUACAUAUGGUUUUGCCAAAAGUAACUGUGUGUUAAAGUGCACUCUCUGGGUUUGUAGUACUAUUUAGGGUUAUAAGGGUUGCCAAUCAAGCUGCUAAUCAGAAUACUAUUUUUUUGUAUUGGUGUUACAACAUGUGACGAAUAGAUGACGCUGUCUUUUCAUUCAUCCUCUUUCCCUUCCUCUUGAAAUGUAAACUGUUGGUUGAAAGCACGAUGCAAUUGUACAGGCCCAUCUGUCAAGAGGAAGAUCAUAGUUUCAUUAAGACUGAUUUUUUUUUUUUUUAAACUCCUGGGACAAAUAAACAAAA